AUGUGGAGGAAUGAACCGGUGAUCGCAGUGGGCGACAAUGCCGUUCUGCUCCUCGACGCUAAAGGCCGAGUUGAGCGGGAGCUGUCAAAGGAGGGCUUACGGUGCACAACCAACGCCGUGGCGGCAGCGGCAAACCUAGUCUGCGUUGCUACCAGCGACAAAGCCAAAAUCACUUUCAUAUCGGAAUCGCAGAGCUACAAGGUCUCCGUUCCUGAGCUGAUCACGGCAGUUGCCUUCUCCAGGUGUGGAGAAGUACUCUAUGCAGGGUCGAACACAGGCAGACUUUACGUCUGGCAGAUUCGCACCGGCACGCUGGUGAAGAACAAGCAAAUUUUCUUCAACGCGGUUACGGACGCCAAGGUUGACUUUUCGAACACGACCAUCUUGCUGUCGGCACAAAACGGUGAUCUUGCGCUAAUCAGACUAGUAGAGGGCUCCGUCACCGGCUGCGUCGAAACACUCAACCUCAUCACGUGCGCACUGGAUGGCGUCAGGGUUUGGGACCUCGAAGAUAGGCUCUGCAUCAGCCACUACAGUGGUAUAGGGCCCAGGAUCAACAAGCUCCUGAGCGGCGUGAGGCUCGCCGAAAAGGCGCAGUUCGUACCGCUCAAAAACGUAGUUUCACAAGACUCGCUGGCCACUAUAGCCAUGAACUGA